AAUGCCCUCAAAUUGUUCCACGAGGGAGACGCAAAAUAUGUGGAUUUUACCUCACUCUAUCCAUGGGUGAACAAGUAUUUCGUCUACCCUGUGGGACAUCCAACAAUCAUCACGGAAAGCUUUGGAGAUGUGGAAGAUUAUUUUGGAAUUAUCCAAUGCCGAGUGAUUCCUCCACGGAAUCUGUAUCUUCCGGUACUGCCCUAUCGGUGCCGGAAGAAGCUGAUGUUCCCCCUGUGUCGGACUUGCGCCCUUCUUCAACUGCAGACUCCGUGUACCCACACAGACGACGAGCGAGCUCUUGUCGGAACGUGGGUAACGGAGGAAGGAAAUUUACGAAGUGUACCAUUUCCAGGCAUCGUCUACUUCUCUGUUUCAGAUCAUACAUUGAUCUGUUUCUGAAGAUCAAGCAGGAAAGUAGCGGAUGGCCUUCGGAGUGUGUGACGGAAGAAGCCAGACUGAAGUACAUUCGCCAGUAUGAAGAAAGAGAGGGCGUCAAGUUGGAGGCCGAAAAAAUAUCGAAAAACCCUGGGCGUCGACAAGUCGCCAAGUUGGCCCUGAACAGUUUCUGGGGCAGAUGGGGUAUGAACGUGAACAAAGCCCAACUGACCUAUGUCCACACGGUGCCAGACUUCAAUAAGAUGUUGGCGGAUUCUACUAAAAAAAUCAAAGAUGUCUUUCUUCCCACGCCUGAGGUGGCUGCCAUUUCCUGGGAAUCUGCGAAGGAGUUUGUGCCACAGGAUGCCUCUACCAUCAUUUUCCUAGCGACCUUCACAACAGCUUGGGCUCGUCUCAAGCCGUAUAGUGAAAUGGAGAAGUUUCGGAACAAAAGAAAAAAAUUUUAUAGAAGAUUUUAACUUAUCUUUGAGUUUUCGAUGAUUGAAA